AUGCUGGCAAUACCCGGGACUGUGGGUCAGGAGUGCUUAUGUACGGCUAAAUUUGUUGGCGAGUAUUGCGGUAACGAAUUAAAUGUGGGCUCAGAAGCGAGUAAUUGUAGUCAAGAUCUGAUAUACUUUUGUGGCAAAAGUAAUAUGAGAAAGACUGCAUACGAGUUGAGGGCGUGUACUGAGGGUAAGGGCUAUCCGUGCAAUACCAAAGAAAAUAAAGACAACCCAUGCUUUCAAAACCUUCGCUGCAAUUGUGGCGAUAAUAACAGUCGACGCAAGAAGUAUUGCGGAUCAGAUCUGGUGGGCCCGGGAUGUAAGCCUAACAUUGUGUACAAGUGUCCGAUGUUUAGGUCAAGCAAACUGCAAGUGGAAGACGCCUGUCCUAAUGGAUGUAAAGAUGGUAAAUGUAUCAGAUAAAAGCUCAACAAUUUUCACC